UGUUGCCUGAAUCCACUGACAGGGAUGCUGCGUUGAUGCACAGUGGAUGCAUGAAUUAGGAAAGUGCCUCGCAAGGAUGUUUGCUCAUAGCGCAUGGAUUGCGGGUGGAUUUCUCAUGGGCUUCAUUCUUAUUCGGACAUAUCUCAACAUUGGGAUGAUCCAUAUCAAUCGAGAAAGAUAACUGAAAAGAGCUGAUAAUAAACAGGACGCUUUGCAUGAGUUUCAGAUAGAUGUGAGGCACAAGUAAAUUCUGUAUAAAAAAACAUCAUAUUGGUGAAAAGUGGACUCAGUGGAACAUGGCGAGUACCACAUUUUUACCAGAAGACUAAGGGAUCCUUGUCCACUACAGGCUCACAAGAUGGAUGUAAAAAAGUCGGAAGACGCGUCCGGCUCGGACAAAACGAAUCCAACCCUAAUCGACUUGGGAACCUUUUUCGUGGACUCAGAUAUAAUAUUUGGAUUUACGAGUCAUCUUUUAAGACGGAAAGCAAAGGUUGAUGGAAUUUCCAGUGCAGAGUCUUCUUCCUGCUCUUCCUCCGAGCCCAGUCCACGACAGAGGCGAUACGGGAGCAGACCCCAGCCUGAGGGUGCGCGCUCAGUCAGCAUCACCGAGACGGACCGGGACGACGUCACUAAAGCCACAGACUUGUGCAAGCAAUGCCAGGUGACUGUGGCUGAGCUUAAGAGACAAGCACUUGCCCUGACCGAGCCAACAUCACUACAGGACCCUGGAUUUGCCACUUUCCUCUUUGACCAGCUACAGGUGCCAGACUGGCCUGUGCAAGGUGGGCAUGAGGGGUCAAGGUGCCCAGUCUGUGCAACAUCAAUGCAACAGUUAAGACAACAGGCAUUACAGGCUCUCCAGGACCUGUGCCCUGGCACAGAAUUGGCAACCGUGCCAGAUCUUCCCUCUAAAACUUUACCUGGGCAGCCUACCAGAGUGACCACCCAUGGUAUGCUCACGCUGUCCUCCAGGCCCCCUGCAUCAAAAAUCCCUCACCCAUCCCACAGCAUGCUGCCUGUGGCAGAGCAGCGGAGGGGACUGGGCUGGGCAUCCAGCACCAAGCCAAGCGUCCAGGUCACUGUGGGAGGAAACGCUCUGAGUGGAACUCUCAGCUCUGUCACCAUCCAGGCUCAGCAGUACCUGGAGGGCAUGUGGAGCAUCUCACGCGUCAACAACUUCCUGCCUCAGCCAAGCCCGACACAUGGUCCUAUUGUCGAGGCUGAUCAGCCUGCUCCACUCACAGACACGACCGCCACUUCUGUUUCCAUCAACACAUCCAGACAGAGAAGUCCAGUCCAGUUUGGCCCAGCAGUAACAUUGUCCUCUACCCAGCCUACCUCAACCACCACCUCCUUCUUCAUCAGGGCCGCACAGAAGCUGAACCUCUCCUCCAAGCGGAAAAAGACCCAGCCACCUAUGCUGCAGCCGCCAGAGCCCUCCAUUUACCCCACCAACUUCAGCAGCAUCCUCCAGCUGUCUCCUCCACCCGCUCCACCAUGCCUGCUCAGGGCCAGCUCAAAGGCCAAGGAGAACCCUGGCAUGGGAAAGGUGAAGGUGAUGGUGCGGAUCUGUCCAUCUGUUGGCGUGCAGGACACUUCUGAGUCCAUGUCUUUCCUGAAGGUGGACCAGAGGAAGAAGCAGUUGACCCUGUAUGAGCCUUCGCUCCUGACCCAGCCUAGCUCCGGGCACCGACGCACACCAUUAACUGCUCCAAAGAUGUUCGCUUUCGAUGCCGUCUUCACCCAAGAUGCCUCACAGGCUGAAGUGUGCUCAGGGACCGUGGCUGAAAUUAUUCAGUCAGUGGUGAAUGGAGCAGAUGGAUGUAUCUUCAGCUUUGGUCAUGUUAAACUUGGCAAGACGUACACCAUGAUUGGCAAAGACAGCUCUUCUCAGAGCCUUGGCAUUGCGCCCUGUGCCAUCUCCUGGCUCUUCAAGCUCAUCAGUGAGCGCAGGGAGAAAACUGGCACACGCUUUUCUGUACGUGUUUCGGCUGUCGAGAUCUACGGUAAAGAAGAAGGUCUGCAGGAUCUGCUCUCGGAUGUCUCAACAGGCAGUCUGCAGGAUGGCCAGUCGCCAGGGGUCUACCUGCGUGAGGACCCUAUCUGUGGUACACAGCUCCAGAAUCACAGUGAGUUGCGGGCUCCCACCGCAGAAAAGGCUGCUUUCUUUCUGGAUGCAGCCCUUGCAGCACGCAGCACCAGCCAUCCUGAUACAGACGAGGAGGACCGGCGCAACUCACACAUGCUCUUCACUCUUCACAUUUAUCAGUAUCGGAUGGAAAAGAGUGGCAAGGGAGGAAUGUCUGGUGGUAGAAGUAGACUGCACCUCAUCGACCUGGGCAGCUGUGAAAAGGUGCUUAGUAAGAGCAGGGAUGGAGGAGGCGGUCUGUGUCUAUCUCUCACAGCCUUAGGCAAUGUCAUCCUGGCUUUGACAAAUGGAGCCAAACAUGUACCAUACAGGGAUAGUAAGCUUACAAUGCUGCUUCGUGACUCACUUGGGAACAUCAACUGCAGGACAACAAUGAUAGCGCAUGUCUCAGACUCACCUGGUCAUUAUGCUGAUUCACUCACCACUAUCCAGCUUGCUUCCCGAAUUCACCGCAUGAGAAAGAAAAAGUCCAAGUACGCAUCCAGUUCUUCUGGUGGUGAAAGCUCUUGUGAUGAAGGAAGGAUUCGCCGACCCCCACAUUUAAGACCCUUCCAUCCACGGACAGUGGCCCUGGACCCAGAUCUACCAUCACUAUUGAGUGAUCCAGAUUACUCCUCAAGCAGUGAACAGUCAUGUGAUACUGUGAUUUAUGUUGGCCCUGGUGGUGCUACAAUUUCUGAUCGAGAACUCAGUGACAAUGAGGGUCCACCAGCCUUUGUUCCAAUAAUCCCAUCCCUUAACAGAAAGCAACGUGGCAAGGAAGGACAAACUGACAGAGACCUUUUCAAAUGCAACACUUUUGCUGAGCUUCAAGAGCGGCUGGAAUGUAUUGAUGGCAGUGAGGAGCCAAGUGCUUUUGUUGGUGAAGCUAGAGGAAGCCAAGUAAGCCCUAAGACAGACAUUAUCUCAAUAAAGCCCAAAGAAGGGACUAUUUUGGGUCCUUUUAUGUCUCCUACAAAAACAGUUUCCCAGCAGGACAGUAUUUUAUCCAAACAGCCAGUUUCUGCUCAGAAUAAACUGCCCAGCAGCCCCAAACACAAAUCCAAAAAUGACCAUUCCAAAUGGCAAAAUGCAUCAGUGUCAGAUGGAGAUAUGCCUGUGACAGCAUGUUGUGCAAGGGCAGAUAGCGAAAAGGGGACGGUAACAGACAGCUCAGCUCCAUGCUCCCCAGGGAAGCAAGAUAAAAUAAAAACAUUUCAAAACUCAGAGCCAGUGGUGAGAGAAAAGGUAUUCUUCAAUAGGAAACAUCUACCCAAACCUGCUCCUCCACCCCCACAACAAAUGGACUCUACAAGGUCUAAUAGUGAAUCAGAAGAAAAGUCUAGUAUACGGAUACCACCCAUUGGAAUGAGCCAUCAAGUACAGAAGCAGUGUGUUUCAGGUGGCAACUCUCCUCUUUUGAGUAGGGUUCAUCACCUAAACCCCAAGACCCCACUAGAAGUUUGCCAGCUAAAGUCCACACUUAGGGAGCGAGAUAUCUUAAGAACUACAGUUACUCUGCAGCAGCCAGUUGAGCUAAAUGGAGAGGAUGAGCUGGUGUUCACCCUUGUAGAAGAACUAGCAAUUGGAAGUAUUAUGGACAAUGGAAGACCCUCCAGUAUCAUAAGCUUCAAUAGUGAUUGUUCUGUACAGGCCCUUGCUUCAGGAUCUCGGCCAGUAAGCAUUAUCAGCAGCAUCAAUGAUGAGUUUGAUGCCUAUACAUCCAGUGUGGGUGCCUCUCAAGUAAAUAUUGAGAUGGUCGCACCAUUUCCAGAAGAAACAUUUGUCUCUUUAGACAGUCAUGGUUCUUCUAUCAGUUCAUGGCUUAGUGAAGUAAGUGUCUGCACCAUAGAAAGUGAAGGGGCACAAUCUGCAGAUGUCUUCCUUCCUGAUGGUAUACAAAUUGAACCAGGAAGUGGUUUCUACCUUGAUUCUCCUGGCAUAUUCCAAACUAGUCCACAGAAGGAACCCAAUAACUCAUUGAAUGAUAGUGGCUUUAGUUUCUCUGAUCUGGAUAGUGACAGUGCCACAUCAAGUAAGCUCUCAUUAAGUAAAUGUUCAUCUUCUCCAGAUUCCACUAAAGCCUCCAUCAGAAAUACUUUAAGAAUGACGAAACCAAAUAACAUAAACUCAUCUCCAACCCAGACUCUGCAAGAACCAUACAGUGUCCAUUGCAGUCUUCCCAGGAAAAUGAAACCUACCUCAUCCACAGUUCAGUCUGGUAGCAUCAGUGAGUGCAGUAAUGGUAGCAGAUGGAGACGUGAACCACUGAGGCUAGAGAGCAAGUCAGGUGACCCAUGGCACAGACAAGAGAUUGUGUCAGCGUUGCCAGUGGCCUCAAAUUCAAGUCCACCAUUCAAACAGUCAAAAAAUGGAAUAAGUGGCAUACCUACAAGAAAGGCAGGCACAGACUUUAACAGUAUUUCACAAAUACCCACAAUGACACAGCGGUCUACUUCAUCCUUAAGGGUGGUAGAUGGAUGUGAAAAAUCUACCAGCAUUAAAAAGGUAGAGACACCCAGCAAAAUGCCACAGUUCAGAAGAGGUGCAACCACGCUUGGAACUGUUCCAGUCAUUCAUACAUCCGUUGAUGUCAAGGUUGGUCUUGACAUUGGAUCAUCAGGUAACUGGAAGUUUUCAUCUUUGGAAAAAAAUGUGAAAGCAAAUAAGGACAUUAGUAUACUGCCAGGUGGUGUAUUACCUCCUCCACCUCCAGUGCGUAAGUCCAGUCUGGAUCAGAAGAAUCGAAUCUUGCUACCAGCAAGUGCCUUAAAGUCUGCAUGUGAGACCGGAAAGUCACUGGUACUCAGGCCUGCAAAGUCAGAGGAUGAAUAUGAUCUACGGUACAGAGGAGACUCCCACAGUUUAAAAACAUCCAAUUUGAGGUUAGAUCAUAGUUUACUAAAAGCCACAUCAAGUCUCAAAGCCAGAGGAGCAAGAGGGGAAGCUGGACAAAUGUAUGGAAGCCAAGUAUCCUUAGAAAGAUCUGACAGUUUGACAUCUUUAGGAUCUAAACCCAUGCUCAGUCGAGAGAACAGUGGGGCCAGUCUUGGUGGAAAGUCAAGCAAAUCGGUUACUAAGUUUGGAUCACCUGUUGCCACCUCUUCCCCAAACACUACCUCUCCAAAUGCCUGUGUUAAUCAAUUCAACAUGGGAAAAUGUGGGCAGAUCAAAAAUAGCCUUAAUGCAAGACCAGUGCCUGUAAAUGGAAACAAAGCUCGCACAUUGUCUGCAAGCAAUUCCAAAGCACUAAGUUCCUCAACUAAGUCUCUCACAACAUCCACAACAAGGAAUGCUAGUCUCCCACCUUCAGGAAAGAGUGCAUUACCUCGUUCAGGAGUAGGAAGUAAUGCUAAAUGUACCAGGGGAACUAUAAUGGGUACUAAGCAAGCCAUGCGAGCAACUAACAGUCGGGUAGGUGAGCUGGCAUCCGGUAGUCCUUCUGGAAAACAAACAAAGGGAUCUGGUGAUUCUGACAGUGGAAAUGACAGUGGUGUUAACCUUAAUGAUGACAAGCAUACACCUAUCCCCAUCCUGCCUUCUCCUUAUAGCAAGAUCACUGCUCCAAGACGUCCACAGAGGUAUAGCAGCGGGCAUGGAAGUGACAAUAGCAGUGUCCUGAGUGGAGAGCUGCCUCCUGCAAUGGGGCGAACUGCACUGUUCUACCACAGUGGAGGGAGUAGUGGGUAUGAGAGCAUGAUCAGAGACAGUGAGGCUACUGGAAGUGCAUCUUCAGCUCAUGACUCUAUGAGUGAAAGUGGGAUGUCUUCCAAUAUGCGGCUCAGGAGCUCAAAACCACCCAAAAAGAGAUCUAAUGGCAUUCAGAGGCGGCGUCUCAUCCCUGCUCCUUUACCAGACACCUCCUCUCUGGGAAUGAAGGCUGGCACCACAGGUCAGUGGGUGGACUUACCCCCUAUAGCUGGUCCGUUGAAAGAACCCUUUGAAAUCAAGGUGUAUGAGAUUGAUGAUGUAGAGCGGUUGCAGCGGCGGAGACAAGAACAGCCAACUGAGCAGACAAUUCAGGAUGUUGAUAAGGGUUUUCUGCAUUUUAACACAAAACUAAAAGACGUUGAGCGGCGGCAGCAACAGAUCAGAGAUCUAAGAUUAAAACAUGGCAAUCUGAAGGAAGAACUCGAGGACACCAAAACCAGAUUAAUGAUGGACCCCAGAAAGUGGAUUGGAGAGUUCGAAGUGGACCAGGACUUGGACCCAGAGUCACAGGAGUAUUUGGAGGAACUAGAGCAAGUCACAAGUGAACUGGAGUAUUGUGUCAACCUAUGCAAGUCACGUGUUAUGAUGGUGACUUGCUUUGACAUCAGAGUAGCAUCAGAGAUACAAGAAGGACCGCGGGAAGUGGAGGUAUGAAAUUAGGUUGGGUUAAAAAUGGAUAUAAACGAUGAGGCGUAGAAUUGAGAAAGAAUUUUGGAAGUCUAAAUGGAAGGAAAAUGAAAUGUAGCAGCCAAUUCACUGAUACGAAGAACAACAACAACAACAAAAAAAAAAAAAGCCAAUGAAUAAACUUUAAAAGACUGGAGCACUGAACACUACAUAGAGGAGGACUGUGUUAUCUUUGAGAAAUGACUGGUACUGGUAAUUUAUAGUGCCUCUCUCUGUGUAAUGGAUUUAAAUGGAAAAAAGCAACAACUUGAUUUUUUGGAUCAUCAAAUAUGUUGAAACAAGACAGACUGUCAUCAUUUAGCCAAGAGUUUUUCUGCUAUACCACAAAGUGCCUUUGUGAUAUAAUUUCAAUCAUUAUUUUUUGUAUUGGUGCUAGUGCUCUAACCAGCAUACCUAAGCCAACCCGUAACAUAUUACUUUUAAGAAGAAAAUGAUUUUAUAUUACAUUGUAUAGUGUAUUUAUAUGAUGAAACAGUCUGUAAAAUACCAUUUUUGUUUGAAAAUUAAAGGCAAGGGGAAACGAAAGCAGUAAGCUAAUGUUAUUGCAUUUUCCUAGACUUUGCCUUUCUCCUGUGCUAUCACCUUUCAGCAUUGUCAUCUAACCUCUGGAGCCUUAUGUUCUCUUUCUAGUGACUGUGUGACUUUCUAACUUACAUAUCAAGCAAAUCUCUGAUGUUUUUUUUAAAGAGCUAUGUUUGUAAUACUGUUGUCAACCACUGCCAACUUUGGUUGAGUCCAUGCAUAACAUAAAUCCCUACAACUUUGACUCAGUUGCCUUAAUUAAUUUAAGGUGAAUAGAACACGACACAUGAUCAUAUCUGUAAAAAAAAAAACUUAAUCAAAAUGAUUGAUGUCUUGCAUUUGGUGUUCAUUUUGAGACACUUGACUCUUGUCUCUCUUUUGUCACUAAAAUUGAAUGUACAUAAAAAAAGAAAUUCAAUAAGAACCCACUCCCAAAAAAAAUAGAAGGCCCAGAAUGUGACCUAUCCUGCUUUUUAUCUAAUUUACAGUUAAAUCCAGACAUAUUGCAUGACAAAAAAAAAUGUUAGCUCCGGUCCUUGUUUACAUUUACUGGGAUCACAGUAGUGUGAAUUCAUCACUGGACUCGUUAGAAUAGCUGUUUUUUGAAUAUAGCAUGAUUCAUGCAGUGUGAAAGGUAGAGUUCAGCAAAGACUGAGAUGUUUCUCAACCAGCAGAUAUCAGAAAGUUAAAAAGUUGAAAAGCUGAGAGAAAGGUGAUCAUGAUUGUCCAGUGAAAACGGAGUACUGAGAUAGUUGGCAUUUGCCAUUGUUACACACCAUGCACUGAUUAAAUUGUCAAUACAAAACUGCUACAGACGUUUUAACAUUGUUUUAAUGAACCACUGUGGAUAAGAUACACUGGAGUACACAUGCCAGGCAUUGGUUCUAUGCAGUCUGUUCAUGUAGAACCUCAAAAUGCUUUUGCCUUUAGCACAAAUGCACUGGCCUUAUUUGGAGUUUUGGAGCAUUUCUUUCUGCCUUUUCUUAAUGCUCUUUAAAGAUCAACUUGCCUGAACUGUCAAAUAUACCUCUGUAUUCCUGAUGUCAUUGAGGCAACUGUACAGGUGUAGAUUGUCCACAAUGGCUGUUUGUUAGCUGUCUUUCAGACUAUAUUUGUGAGUGACUUUUGCAUACCAGCAUAAUAACAAAGGUAGUUAUUUCUACUAUUCAUCAGAUUGAAUUACAAAAACCUUUCCUAGUUAACCUUUACAAGUACACAUGCUCAGGCCCUUUCUUACAAUGCUGCAUGAUUUUUUUUUUUAAUUUUACUAUUAAGGUAUGUUCUUGUUCAUUUUUACAUGUAUUUUUUAAUGAUGAUGCUGGAGUUCACUGUCAUGGGGAGUUCGAAACAUGAAUUAACCAACUAAUACCAAACAUUUUUUUUAUUCAAAAUGUAUGUUAUGUCAUAUUUCAUAUCAGAUCAUAUUUUCUAAUGUUUUUUGGUUUUGUAAAAGAUUUUCAAACUGUGUAAAAAUGUAUAAUAUUGCAACUUGGUAUGACUUCUUUUUUGUUGUGAAUAAACACAUGUUCCUUCUUA